AUGGGAUCAAAAUCAGUUAACAUUACAAUACAGCUGAACAAUACAAAUGGGUACAAGUAUAAACCAUUAGACAUCAUUCGUGGCAGAGUUUUUUUGAGGGUUUACAAAGAGAUCAAUAUUAAAGACGUCAUAGUCAACUUCUAUGGUACUUCUAGGUCACAAUUUUAUGUGAUUGAGAGAAGAAGGAAUAUGGAUACUGGGGAAAUGGAAGACGAAAGAAUUUGCAAGACCGAAACUCAUACAGUUGCUUAUGAUGGAUGUAUCAUUUUCCCACCUCCAAACGUUAGGAGUGUUAGUAAUAAUAAAGCUUUUACAUUAACACCAGGUGAAUAUGUUUAUGAUUUUGCUUUUAAAAUUCCUUUGAGAAACAGAUGUGGAACUGGGAAACGUACUAGGGGUCAUGGUGACACAAGGUUACCUCCUUCAAUGGGAAUUACAGGUGUUGGUAGUAUCAAUUAUAGAGUCCAAGUUACCAUCAGAAGAGCUUCACGGUUCAGAUCAAAUAUUGAAGAAUAUAAAUAUCCAAAUAUAACCUGUUUUGAUCCAAUUGAGGAUAUAAUAUCAUAUGCACAGCCAUUCUCUUUGAGAAAAUCCGUUGUGCUUUCAAACCAAAUACACAAGAGAAUUGCAUUGACUGAGAAACCAACAGGUCCAGAAUCUUAUGAAAUACCAAUGAGAAAAUCAACCCGUAAGAAGUCAUCCCAUUUCAUCAAAUCAUUAUUUGGAAGCAAAGAACCACCACCAAAAUUUGCUCAAGAAUAUGACGUGCCAUUUGUUUUUGAAGUUGAAUGUUCAAGUCCGAUAUUGAGAAUUAAUCAAGCCGCACCAGACUUGAAAAUAUUUCUUAAAUCUAAAUAUGGACCUAAUACAUAUAGGGGAAUUGAUAAUCAAACAUCUGGAUUGGGUCAUUUUAUACUGGAAGAGUUUGGAAUAUAUUUGAUUGGUACUUAUAGUGUAAUUGCUGAAGACAGAUCAAUACAAAAGAGAAUAUCAUAUAGAUUAACCUUUAAAGGAAAUCUUUCAAUGAAUUUAGAUUUGGCAGAUCUGGAACCAAACCCAUUAUAUGGAACUGCAGAAGACUCAAAUCCUUUUCAAUUAGAAUUCCCAAGAUUCCUUUAUGAAAACGCAACUGUGCCUAAAGGCAUAAAACCCACAUUUGAUACAUGUAACAUCAAGGUGGACUACAAGUUAAACAUACGGGCUAGAUUUUUAGAAGAACAAAAGGGUUGGUAUAGUAAAUCAGUCGAAUUGUUCAAACCAGUCAGUGUCAUAACUGGUGUUCCAGCUCCACAAGAAUAUAUUGAAAUGAAACAGAUACCUCCUCAUUUGGCACAACAGGUGUUAGAAACUUACCCACCAGAAGCUUUUAGACGACCAGAUGAUUUCACUCCAUUAUACGAUGAUACUACAGCUGCACCUGCUAGCUUGAAUGUUGAAGAGACUGAAUCAGUUAAACAAGAUGAAAAGCAAAAACUUGAUGAACAUUAUUCUCAAGCUCAAGAGCCUGAAGAAAGCCUACCAACUUAUGGAUCAGCUACCAAAGAACAUCAAAGAUAA